GAUGUACAUCUCCUCCCUCCACGGCCUGAACUGGAAAGCAAGAAAAAUCGAAAUAUCCAAACGACACAUACAGAGCCUCAAAACGCAACUACGAAGCGGCGUUUCUUGCUAGGGUUUUGGUUCUCUCUCGUCCUUCUUCGUUCCCAUCCCAAUUUCUUCCCUUCUCUCCUUUGAACCUCCAUUGAUUCUCUUGCAGUCUCUGUUCCCAAUUGGAAUGGGAUUGUGACACUUUCAUUGCGCUUUUCUGGUAAUUGCACAAUUUUUUUAGUCUGUGAUUGUGGGUCUGCAUAAUAUUUCAUGACCCAUUAUGGAGAUACAGACUUGUGGAAAACCUAUUGACUCAUUGCUAGAAAAGGUCCUUUGUAUGAACAUUCUAUCUUCUGACUACUUCAAAGAGCUUUACCGUUUGAAGACAUACCAUGAGGUUGUAGAUGAGAUUUACAAUCAGGUCGAUCACGUCGAGCCAUGGAUGACUGGAAAUUGUCGCGGUCCUUCAACUGCAUUCUGUCUCCUUUACAAGUUUUUCACUAUGAAACUGACUGUCAAACAAAUGCACGGGCUAUUGAAGCACCCAGAUUCUCCAUACAUAAGAGCCAUUGGAUUCCUGUACUUGAGAUAUGCUGCAGAUCCAAAGACUCUGUGGAAUUGGUUUGAACCAUAUGUAAAGGAUGAAGAGGAAUUUUCUCCUGGAUCAAGUGGACGAAUGACCACAAUGGGUGUAUAUGUGCGUGACUUGCUUCUUGGACAGUAUUACUUUGAUACCCUUUUCCCACGCAUCCCUGUACCUGUAAUGCGCCAAAUUGUAGCUAAUCUGGAGAAGAUGAAGCUCCCUUCCAAGCAUAUGGGUGUGACGGGGGAAACUACACGACAUGGAUCCGAUGAUACUGCCCGUCGACCCCCUUCUGUGAAAGCUGCUCUUUCUGUUUCUUUUGGUCAGCGUGCUCCUCAUCGUGCCUCCACGAGGGACUCUUCACCUGUUCGUCGUACCGUACCGCCACCACCACCACCACCUUACGACAGAUCCAGCAAUGAUGAUGUACGAAACCGUCGCAGUCAGAGCCGUGAAUAUUCCGAAAGAGAAUAUGCAGACAGGGAUAAGGAAAGGGAUCGAGAUAGAGACAGGGACAGGGACAGGGAGAGGGACCGAGAUCGAUAUGAUCGUGACAGAGACAGAGACAGAGAUAGGGAUAGAGAAAGGUACAGGGAGAGGGAGCGAGAUCGAGACAGAGACAGAGAUAGGGAUAGAGAGAGGGACAGAGACAGAGACAGAGACAGAGUCAGGGACAGGGAAAGAGAGCGGGAGAGGGAUAGAGAACGUAGUUAUGAUCGUGAUCGUGGUUCCAAAUAUGCAGAGAGGGAAAGCCGGAGAGACUAUGAGAAGAGUAGUCGUGAUGAUGGUAGGCAUUAUCGCAGUAGGAGCAGGAGCCGCAGUAGGAGCCGGAGCUGCAGUCACAGUUUGCAAGCUGGCCUCGCACAUCAUUCAAGCCCACCAAAAGAUGUUAACAAUGAAAGGACUUCGGCAUCUAGUAAUCUAGCAAAACUUAGGGACCUCUAUGGUGAUGUAGCUAACCCAAAAGGGGAUUCUAGUGGAAAUAGGAUGCCCAGGAGCGAUAAUGGGGGUGAAGAGGUGAUUAGACUUGGUGGUUCUAGUUGGAAAUAGUCAAAGAGAGGGUUUGGGCCUUUUUUUUUUUUUUUUUUUUUUUUUUGUUUCUUGGAUGUGUCCAUUGGUCUUCUGCAAGGAUGGCAAAGUGUUUGGACCGGAAUCCAUACGUCUCAUUGAAUAUUUGCCCAUUGCUUACUCAUUCUGAAAUAUGACAUAGCCAUUGAUGAAGAAUAUCCUGUUACACUAUUGCAUGUAUAUUAGAUGUUUUUCAGUACUAAAUUUUUGAAUUUUAUUCGGUGCAUAAUGAUUUCGCAGCUGUAUCAGAGAUGUUUGUAUUAUUAGGAGUCUACUGUUAAUGGAACGGUUCAAAAGUACCCUAACUUUGGAUUA